UCGGCCUCAGCCAUCUCCUUCAUGUGGUAUUUUCAACGUUGUGCCAUACAUCGUCCACGAUACUCCCUUCAGGCGGAGUAGAGAUGAAACAACUAGGUAUCUCGAUUUCCUGGAUGCUUUGCCAUCUAUGGAAACUUACUAGAGCAGACUUUCAGAAUGAAUUCAAGAACAUCACACGUGGAUCUGAUCUCCUAUUGAGGUGGGAUCCGACCGAUCCGACCGACUAUCCUCUUGUAAUCCACUCUCGACUCAUCAAUCAGACUAGUCAACACGGGGCAAAUUCGUUAGAGGUUAAUGUCACAAGUAGGAUUGGGCUUAAUGCUUCUUCGUUUCUCUGGCAAAGUGUUCCAUAUCCACUCCCAUAUCUCGAAACGGCUAAAUACGAGGUAGAAGUGUGGUCUCGAGAUUGGGAACAAUCAGUGUCGGCUUUUGCUUCUUCUCCAUAUUUUACGAUCUCUGGAUCAAAGGAAGGAGAGAAUACGGAUAGUGUAGGAAAUUCCUUCGAUGAUACGAUAGUUAUACCAUCCAAGCCCACGACCCACCCGAUUUCUAAAGGAGGAAUCAAUAACAAUACCGCAAUCGCGGCUGGCUUAGUAGUGCCCAUUGUGGUUAUACUCGCGAUCUUCGGUUUUGUGUUGACGCAAAAGCGGCAGAAGAGAAUUCUGGAAGAAAAAAGGAAACAGAGAGAGGAGCUCUACAUUGACUGAAUAGGCAUAAUAGUAUACAGCGGGAAUUGUUCCUUUCGUGAUGUAAUAUAUCACAUCGUCAAUAUAGACUGAAAUGACAAUAUCUCAGCGGCUAUCCUAGCCCUAGCUUUUGACGUCCUUUUUUAACCUGGGUAGCAAACACCUACUCUCUUUUAUUUACUGU